AAGCUGGAGAUUCCGUGUUCCUACGACAGAGCGCGGUAUGGCGAAACCCGGCCGACUACUAGUAGUAAGCGUGUUGGUGACUCGGAGCUUGAGGUCCUCACCGAGGCCGGGAUGCGGCGACGGCGCAUCCAGCGAGCCUGUGACGCCUGCCGCCUCCACAAGUCGAAAUGCUCGGGCACCCGGCCGUGUCGGAGAUGCGACGUUAUGAAGCUGUCUUGCUUGUACGGCGCUGCGACGCCGCGCUCCCUGUCUUCUUCCAACGCAGGGCGUAGAAAUUCUGCACGUCAAAGAGUGGAAAGCCGGUCCCGGAUAUCAGACGCCUGCGAGCCUCACGAAACCACACAGAGCCAGUGCCAUGGCGACGAGGAGGAGAACACAGCCUUCGGGGAUGCGGGCACCACCCUCUCGCCCGCCAUCACUCAGCUGAACGGCGGCAUGGAUGCGUCGGGGUCGACUCGGUUGAGCCCCUCUGCUGCCGACUGCUUACUUGGCGACAAAACCGUGGUCAGGCAGUGCAUCGACGCCUACUUCAUGCAUGCGGACGCCAGUGACUGCAUCUUCCUGCACAGGGCAUCGUUCCUGUCGAGCUGGCUCCGCCAGGAACUGAACCCAACGCUUGUCAAGAUGGUGUGUGCGUUGGGACUGCGUCUCAAUCCAGGGCACCACGACUCGGCGACGCCGCGUGCCUGGGCGAAGGAGGUGCAGCAGAGCCUCUUGGUCGCCGAGGCAUUCAACGACUGCUCGGCAAGCUCGCUGCAGGCCCUGGUCUUGCUCAUCAGAUUCCACUUCACCUCGGACUUCACCCAAGACGCCUGGAUUUUGCUCGCCGUGGCCGCCCGAAUCGCCUUUACCAUGCGUCUCAACUACGAGCGGCUCGAACCUGCCAGCACGGCAACAACAACAACCGCGGCGACAUCGACGUCGACAUCGACAUCGACAUCGACAUCGACGUUCGGCGUCAUUCACCAAGAGUGCCGGAGACGACUCAUGUGGGCCAUCUUCGUGUUGGACAAGUUGUUUUCGGGCGGGAUUGAAGAUCUCACCGUGUGCCCGUCCCAUCGCUUGCAGAUCCGGCUGCCGUGUGACGCUGUCGCUUUCCAACGCGGCAUCGUCCCUCCGACCGAGUUCCUCCAUGGCCAUGUCUCUUCUGGCCGGCCACAUCACAUCGCUACUACGGCGAGUGGCAUGGAUGCAACGUCGUAUCGCGUCCGGCUUUUUGAUUUGCGUGACAGAAUCCACAGGUAUACGCGACGCGUCAUUCUCCAGGGCUCCGCGCCGGCCGAUAGCCAAGGGGAACUGCAGGCCCUGGACGACGAGCUGCACCGGUUCCGCGAUGGCCUGCCGCCCGAGCUCCGGCUUGACCCGGAGAGGCUGGUCUUGAUGGCCCAUUCGGACGAACUGACCCCGUACAUGGUGCUCCACGCCAUGUGGCACCUGUGCCGCAGUGACCUGCACCGUUUCCUGAUUCCCGGCAUCCGCGAAGCCGUGGCGGCCGAGGUCAUGGCGCACACGCCGCAGCCCUACAUCGACCACUGCCAGCAAGUAUGCUUCGACGCAGCCACCAGCAUCUGCGACCUGCUCUCCGCUGUCCACGAGCUGCAGACUUCCAAGCGGAUCGCCAAUGCCUCCUUGGCCGUCAGUCUCUACCAGUGCGUGCAGAUUCUCCACCACCUGGGCUUUCGGAUACCCGCCGCCGGACCUCACUGCCUGGGAGAGCUGAAGCGAAAGCUCAGUCAAGGUGUGGCGCUUACGUCUCACCUCGGCACGACCUAUGUCUGGUUGAGGCCAUGCUUCCAAGACAUUGAGAAACUGAUCUCGGUUCUAGGGCAGCGACCAAGGUAUAGUCCGGGUCUGGCGGACCGCAAUCUCCGCCACGGCCGCUCCAAGCAUGUAUUCGCACCCCCGGAAACUCAGGGCGAGGACGGCGGGGAGGAGCCGGAGCGGCGGCAACAUCGGCCGGAACCAUCA